AUGGCCACAUCAACACGCUCUCCACGGCGAUCCUGGGAUGCGCCGGUGCCUCCCAUCUUCCGCCCAUUGCUUCGGGCCUACUUGAUCGGCUACGCAUCUGCCGUUGGCCCCCGGUUUUUGUCGCUGCUGAUCCAAUACACUCUCCGCCGGCAAAAAAAGGAGAGAGAGACCAAUGGCAAUGGAAAGAAACGCAAAGACUCGUUCCUUGUUGCGCUCCAGCGCGUUCUCUUACGGCCCAUGGAGACUCAGAGUUUCCCGACGUUUUGCGCGGCCCUUGUUGGCGGGUAUACCUUUCUCGAGCUCCCCCUGAAAUCCAUCAUCGACCGCAAUGGCAGCAACAUCUCCGAGCUUGCCCGCAAACGCCUCUCCCGCUUCCUAGCAUCCUUCAUCUCGGCGUGGAUGAGUCUGCAACUACUCCAGUCCAAGCAGACCCCAGACUUCACCGGGACCACCCCCCACCCUCACCCAUCCAAACCCCCCGUAACCACCCACUUCGCCGGCCGCACCCUAGACCUCACCCUCCUCGCAGCAACUCGCGCGCUCGAUGUGAUCGUCGGCGAACUCUGGGCCCGCCGGCGCACCCGCCGCGAAGCCGCUGGCCACUGGACACGCUGGGACGCCCGAAUCGGCCGUCUCGCCGACCCGGCCCUCUUCGCUUUCUCCUCCGGCCUGGUCAUGUGGACCUGGUUCUACGAACCCGCCCGCCUCCCACCCGCCUACCAACGCUGGAUCUCCACCGCUGCAGCCGUCGACAACCGCCUCAUCACCGCCCUCCAGCGCUGUCGCGACGGCACCCUCCGCUACGGCCGCGACACCGGCCAGGCCCCCUUACUCGGCAGCAUGUGCGACGACUACCUCUGGCCGCGCCACUGGGGCGAUCCGGCCGUCAGCAUCCCCUUCCCCUGCGAAAUCGUCCACAUGGGCGUCGGCCCUUCCUGCGAACACCACGCCCUCUCCCGCUUCACCCGCUCCUUCACCUGGGCCAUGACCACCUACCUCCCGCUCUCCCUCCUCCUCGCCCUACGCUCGCGGGGACCCCGCAGCCUCCUCACCUCCCCGCCCGCCCUCCGCCGCGUCCUUCUCUCCGCCGCGCGCUCCUCCGCCUUCCUCGGCGCCUUCAUCACCUUCUUCUACUACGGCGUCUGCCUGGCGCGCACGCGCAUCGGCCCCCACAUCGUCGGCACAUCCACCCCCUGCCGCCAGCGUCUGGACGGUGGGAUCUGUGUCGGGACGGGGUGUUUCCUGUGCGGCUGGAGUAUUUUGCUCGAGCAUGCGGGGAGGAGGAAGGAUAUCGCGCUGUUUGUGGCGCCAAGGGCGUUGGCGACGCUGGUGCCGAGGAAGUAUGGGAAGGAGAAGGAGUGGAGGGAGACGGCGGUUUUUGCGACUAGUGUGGCGGUGGUGUUGACGGUGUUUGCGGAGAAUCGGAGACGGGUUAGGGGGGUUAUGGGGGGGGUUUUGAAUGGGGUUUUUUAA